AUGUCUGUAGAUGAGAGUAUGCUUGAUGAUGAGAGCAGUUUGUUCGGGUCGGAUGAAGAAGAUGAUGAUAGGAAAAGAGAAAAUCCAGAGGAUAAAAAGUGGUUGUUUCGGAAAGAGCUAAGAACGAUGAUUUAUGGCUUCGGUGACGACAAGGUACCAUAUGAUAAAACUUUGGAGUUACUGGAAGUAAUAGUAGUAGAAUAUGUCCGAGGUAUGUGCCAACGAGCACUUGAAGUCGGUAAACCUGGCAAAAUUGCCUUAGAAGAUAUACAUUAUCUAAUACGACGUGACGCUAAAAAAUUCGGUCGCGUAAAGGACUUGUUGUCUAUGAGUGAAGAACUAAAGAAAGCUCGGAAGCAGUUUGAUGAAGCAAAGGUGAUCUGA